AUGAGUUCUCGCUUACCACGGAUGCUAAAGUCGGCGGUUCAGCGCCGGGCCAACAGCAGUACCACCGCCGCGACCUCGGCAUGCCCCUUCCACAAAACGCGGGAAGAGCCGGGGCUCAAGGGCUCACCCCGCCCUCUCAAGCCUUUCAAGUCGGUGCCGGCGCCCCGGGGGUUACCGUUGGUCGGCACCGCUCUCUCGCUGAUCAUGAGCGGUGGGGCGGCCAAAAUUCAUGAGUACUGUGACCGGCGACACCGAGAGCUCGGCCCCAUCUUCCGCGAGCGCCUGGGCGCCGUGGAUGCGGUCAUAGUCUCCAAAAAAGACUAUAUCCAACGUAUCUACUUGGGCGAGGGAAAGCACCCGGUGCAUAUGGUCCCGGAACCUUGGCUCAUAUACAAUCAGCAGAAAGGCAUCAAGAGGGGACUCUUCUUCAUGGACGGCUCGCAGUGGCUUGACAGAAGGAGGACCCUCAACCAAGCGCUGAUGAAUCAGAGAGAAGUAGCCAAACACGGUCCAGCUUUCAAUGAAAUUGUAACAGAUUUAACUCACCGGUGGGAAAAGCUCUCACGGAGAAGUCCCGAUGGCGUCAUACCAAACUUGGAGAGAGAGCUUUACAACUGGUCCAUCGAAACACUCGGCACCAUGGUGUUCGGCCGCCGUCUGGGAUGCGUCCUUCAACCCUCCGAGGGUGAUCACACCAUGCACAAGUUCGUUGAUUACGUGCAACAGAUCUUCGUCGAAUCCUCUAAGUUGAGCAUUAUUCCACCCAAGCUAGCCGUGUCCAUGAACUUGCCCGUAUGGCAAAGAUUUGUUUACGCAGCAGAUAAUGCUCUCAGUUUGGCCAGAAAGUAUGCCGAAACUCGGAUUUCAGAAGUACAGAAAUCCCGGGAAAGUGGCAUCAUCGUGCCUGGCGUCCUGAAUAGCCUGUUGGCGGAAAAGGAUGUCACUCACGAUGAAAUAGUCAACAUAGUUGCUGACUUGAUCCUGGCUGCUGCUGAUACUACAUCACAUGCAACACAGUGGGCUCUACAUUUGCUGGCCAAAAAUCCCCAAAGCCAGGAGCAGUUUCACCAACAGAUAAGGAGUGUAGUGAAACCAAAUGAAACGCUAACGGAUGAGCAUUUGGACAAAAUACCUUACGCGAAGUGGAUCAUCAAGGAGACACUCAGAUUGUAUCCAAUUGCCACGUUUCUCACCCGAGUUUUACCCCAAAGGAUCGUCCUAGAAGAUUAUGAAAUCCCUGCUGGGAAAUUGUUUGUUAUGUCCCAGUACACGGCAGGAAGAGACGAGGAGACGUUCCCAAACCCUCACUCGUUCGUUCCUGAAAGGUGGGAAAGGGACUCGGCGCUGAAGGACGGGGCCACAAACGCAUGCUUGCCGUUUGGACUCGGGGCUCGCGCGUGCAUUGGGCGAAGGGUUGCUGAGCUCAAGAUGAGGUUGCUGUUGGCGAGGGUGGUUCAGAAAUUCCAUCUGGAGUCUGCGAACGAGAAAGAAGUAGAAAUUGCAUUGAGACUAAUCACAACUCCUGACCAACCCAUAAAGUUAAGGUUAAAGAAAAGAACAACUUGAAAUGGCCAGCUCUCAGCUUAGAGUUGUAAAAUUUUCUAUUCCUGGAAGGUACUAAAUUUAAACCAGCGCUGUACAAAUUUCGCAAUUAAAUUAGCAGCCCGCAGUGGCAUUAAAGGAAAGGCAGCGCUGUGUUCUAUUUGCAUCUAGUCUUAUGAGGUUUGUGCUCAGCUGAGUGGAUCUUCU